UAUUAGGAUCAGUCUUGUUUCUUUAAACAAACUUCAUCAAGAAAGAUGGCUGCCAUACAAUAUCUGUAAGUGACUCACAAGUAACUUUAGAUCACCGGGWRGUUCCUUUGUUUCACAAAACUUGCUUCACACUACAUGCAAUAACUUGCUCUUUUGACAGAGUUUUCUGUAAUCUUCUACGCUCCACAAAUAUGGAACAAACUUCCAGUAAACUACAAAACUGCUGAAACACUGAGUGCCUUUAAAUCUAGACUAAAAACACACCUGUUUGGAGUUUCCUUUGAAGCAUAAUCGACUAAGAAAUUAAUAAUAAUACAGAGCUGAAGUUGGCUUGAGAUUGCAGAUCUGAAUUUCAGAUGUGGGCAAAGGACGACUCUGCCUCAUUUUCCAGGAUGUUUAAUUUGCUCACAUUUAAAGACGUCAAUAAUUAACCUCCUCGAACAUGGACUAGGUUAUUUCACAUUAAAAGCAGAAUAUUUUAAAAUCUAAAGCCUGCCCCGUGAUUUGCAAAACCUUGUUUGAGUUGAAUAAAGGAUCAUAUUGGUGCUUUCACAAAGCGUUUUGGCAAUCACACUCACUUUAUUUUGCACCUCCUCUUUUGCUCAGUGGUAACAAUUUCCACAGUGAAAAUCACAACCACCAUAAAAAGUACGUCUACUCCAAGUAACUUGACAGUACUUCAAGAGACUCUUCAGAUCCACCUGCCAUCUGUAACAGAGCAGAGAGCCAUGCAUCCUAUUUACGCCAACGAGCCGUCCCCUGGACAGCCUGUGGGUCCUGGAGGAGUUCAGCACACCGUAGUGAACGUCCCCAUUGAGCCCACAAAAGAUUAUCUGGUUUGGUCGCUGUGCAGCUUCGUCUACGCAAAUUUUUGCUGUCUUGGGUUGGGGGCUCUCAUCUAUUCUGUCAGGGCCAGAGACCAGAAGGCGCUUGGAGAUCAGGACGGAGCCCGACGUCACGCCUCCUCCGCUCGCAUUUUCAACAUCGUGGCCGUGGUCCUGACUUCUUUAACGCUCUUUAUUUACAUUGUGGUGGUCAUUGCUCUGUCUGCAAGACGUUAAAGCUACGGAUCCUGCAAUAAUGAUUAACAAAAUUUUCACAUUGUAUGAGGAGGAUUUGAUCUGCACCAUGUCUUGGUUGUUGUUUUGCUUUUGCUCUGGUGCCAAAAUAAAACAGUUAAAGUCUGCUUAUGUCAAA